CUAACGUUGGUGUUGUCAGCAACCCAGAAGUGGAGUACCCAGCUCGGCGACAAAUAUAGUUUCAUGAACGUGGAUUAGAUACGACAAACACAGAUUUGCUCGUGGUAUAUAGUUUGUGAAUGUAUGCACGACGUGGGUGUCAAAUAUAUACAAUUGUAUUUUAGCUAAGGGUUUUGGUGGUAAAACAAAGGGAAAUGUCCUGGUGGUUGCGCGGGUAAGUAAUCGGAUUCUAACCUUGUUAUUGUUAAGGUUACAGCAGCUGUUGGACAAAUAUCAAUGUCGACUCCACAUCCUAUAUUUUCAAUAGAACAGGGAUUUAUGCAGCAUUAAUAAUUUAUGAGAUUACUGGAUGUCACUGAUUAUUUUUUGCACGUUUACGUGAUUUGAAAGUGUUUUUGUAACGCUACCACGGGUGAUGUCAGAUGUUUUUAACGUCAGCUAGCCAAACAUCAUCAAACAAUAAAUGUAUCUAACGAAUUUUCUCAUACCGGAGUAAACGGAAAGCACCGAAAUGUCCGCCACAAACGUUAGUUCCCUGAAUCUGUUUGUAGUAUAUAGCUAUUGAGUCAAAAUGUAAUGUGUGACAAUUUAGGCAUGCGACCCACCCAUGCCAACAACUUUUCAGGGAAUAGAAUGCAUGCAUACUAGAUGUGCGGGCUGGUCAGUUUCUGUUUCAGAAAGAAUGCUCUAGAUAAUCUCUUUGCAUGGGUUUGAUCUCUAUCACACCCUGUUGACUGGUUGCUUGUCUUUUCAGAGAGGAUGGGGAGGAGGCUAUGUAUCAGGACACAGACUCAGAUGUGGCUGAACAGAGAGACUGUGGAAAGGUCAAAGUGAAAUGGACACAAGAGGAGGUCAGUUCAUGUCCCCCUGAUCUAUAAAUGGUUGGUUAUUUGCAACAAGUGGGGAUGAGUUGGCUACAUUGCUCAUCAUAAAAUGGCUGUCCUUUUUUCUCAGGAUGACAAUCUGAAAGCAUUGGUCCAAAACCUGGGACCAAAUGACUGGAAACACAUAGCCAGUUUUUUACUGGUGAGUUAUAUCGACAGAUUACAGGAUUUAUUCUGUAAUAUCCAGUUGACAAUACAAAUAAUACAACUGAAGCGUUAAAAUAGGAAAGACUCCAAUUUGCUGUCUGAAGGCAUGUGUGGUUUCAAUUGCAUUAAAUCAUUAACUGUAAGGUAACCCUUCUGCACAGAAUCAUUCAGAACAACAGUGCCAGCACCGCUGGUUGAAGGUUCUGGAUCCAGAUCUGGUUAAAGGGCCCUGGACCAAAGAGGAGGACGAGAAGGUUAGUGGUGUGAUGGCGAUCAUUUUACAAUCACAGGGUUCGCACAAGGUGCUUAAAGUUCUUGAAUUUGGCACUCUGAAAUUCAAGUACUGGAAUACCUUGAAAGUCAGACAUUUUCUCAAGUUGGUACUUGAAAAGUACUUGAAUUAAAAUAAGAGGAGAACAGAAAAUGAUCAAAUGUGUUUAUGAAAAAUAUUAGAAAAAUGUGCUGGUCUUGCAAAUUGAUUUCCAGGCAGACUACCCAGUUUUAUUUCCUCACGUGUUUCGCACUCUGGUUGCCCGGCGAGCUCGCUCAUUCCACCCACACUGCCACUCAGCCAGGCAGGUACAGAACUGACUGAUUAGGCGCCACCAAACGUCACAUCGACAGCUAAAAUGUUGGCCAAAUGAAGAUUCAACCCUGCCUGUUGUGCGUAUGGAGAAUUUCUGGGAUCUUUUAUUUCAGCUCAUGAAUUUUUUUUUUACAUGUUGUGUUUUAUAUUUUUGUUCAUUAUAGUUUACCCACCUUUUUUUUUUUUACCACUACAUCACUAGACCCAAUCAACCCACAUCGUGUAAGGUGCAAAAAAGCGCCAGACAUUGACAUUGUGAUCAUGGCCCUGAAGAGCCACAUGAAGGGAGGAAAACAACGCUGCUUCCUGCGCUGGCGCCAGUUCUACAUUAUAUGGCUUUUUCUCUGCAACAACCUCCAGAGCUUUUUUUUACCAAUCGCCUCAUUCACAGGGCGCCCGCGAUAUUCUGCUUUAUCAAGCGGCAGCCAUGCUCCUGCCGUUCUGGUGGCCGUUCACAUGCCGUUUUCCUCACACAGCCCACCCGCCCUUCUCCCGACUGGCCACACUAAAGAUGCCAGUCGGAAGCAGGAUGCUUUUUCAUAGCUAUUAAGUAGUAGAUUCCCAAAUGCCCAAUAAAAUUACAAUACAGUCAUUAAGCUGGAAUUGUGUAGUAAUGCGAAUAGGAAAUGUGUGUUCACCAGUAGGCAUGUCCCAAAACUGCUCAUCACUACUCAAAUUACAAAAUCAUUAGUACUGACUUACCAUUCAUAUAUUGAGUAGAACCUGUAAGGUAGUGAUGAAUAGUAAGUUGAUUUUUUUCAUGAGGAUGUGGCAAUAUACUGUCAUCUGGUGGUGACUAGAAACAAUUGCAUAAUAGGAACUAUUACAAAUUGAUGGUCCUUAAAUACAUAUUAGUACUUGGAAAAAGUACUUGAAAGACCUUGAAUUUGACUUGCCACUGUCUGUACGAACCCUGCAAUCAGUUCUACUAGACUUCUUCGUAACAGCAAACUUGUUGAGUUUUACCAACCGUCGUCAAGUCAGUUCUCAGAAUCAUGUUUAUUGUCCUACAAGAGGAAAAUAUACCUUCCACUGGCUGCUUUAACUCCUAUCUUGUACUGCAGACAUAGAGCCACUCAGCUGAGCCACAUUUUCAGACAACCCUCAACCCUGCAUUCCUCUCCACAGGUGAUACAACUGGUGAAAAGGUAUGGCAACAAGCAAUGGGCCAUAGUGGCUAAGCACCUGAAGGGCCGGCUGGGGAAGCAGUGCAGGGAACGCUGGCACAACCACCUCAACCCGGAUGUGAAGAAGUCCUCCUGGACAACAGAGGAAGACCUCGUUAUCUACAAGGCCCACUGCAUGCUGGGAAACCGCUGGGCUGAGAUUGCCAAACUGCUGCCCGGAAGGUAACUGUCUUGACUGGUACUCCAGCUAAGAGAAUCCCUCUAUCAUGUCUGUGCUGAAAUAUCAGGAUCACUCAGAACAGCUUAUUGGUCUCCACAUAUUUUGUGAUAAAUGCAAUUUUUAUGGAUUGGAGACAUUUAGGGACAGCAUUUUGUUCCACGUCAUUAGUUCACCUUCAUACUCUACAUCUUGAUUACUACAACAUUAUGUUCAAAUUUCCCCUUACAGGACAGAUAAUGCUGUGAAGAACCGCUGGAACUCAACCAUCAAGCGUAGGGUUGAGAUGGGCUUCUUUAGUGGGGUGGAUCCUACUCUGAAGCAUCAUCGUGUGGAAGCAGAGGAGGGCAUGAACCACCACAGUAAAGAUCAGCAGGUAGGUUCUGCUUGAAAUCAGUUUGACAACAUCUGUGCAAUGCUCACCGUAAUCCUCAAUUGAAUGUUGUGCUGUGAAACAUGAUUUAUUAUGUCUCUACAGAUGGACUAUGAUGGUUCUAUGGAGAGGGAUCCAGACCAAGACACCACACUGCUGGUAAGAAUUCAAACACUGGAUGCCGGCCACCUUCUAUGUGGGGAAAAAGCAGAUAAACUGUAGUGUUUUUUGUGAUAAAUAUAUAGUGCAGUAGAUACAGAGCAUGUUAAAAUAUCACCAACCUAUACUAUUCUUCAAGGUAGAACACAUUGUUCUGCUAGCUGUUUGUGUUCAUUCAAAUUCAGUUCAUCUUUACUUCUCUCUCAUACUGAUUUUCAAACUUAUGUUGACCCCUACAGGAGAAUUCCAGUACAUCCACUGUGAGAGGCGGACCAAGGGAAGCAGGCUCCCACAAGGCUCUCUCUCCUCAACAGUCAAAGACCCCCAAAAGUGAGCCAAACACCCCAGGAGGUGAACUGAAUACCAAUAGCUGGGUGGUGGACAGCUCAGGCUUCCUCUCUCCCAAUGGCCCAGGCUUAAAGGAGGUGAUGGAAAUGGUGGUUGGGGUAAGAGUUCUGGAUGGGUUGUAAUACCUCAGUCUUCUUAGUUUUACCACGUUCAUCUUCUACUUUGCAUACAUCACCAAAGAGGUUACAUUUGAACAGAUAUGUAAAACAAGAGUAAGAGUGGAUUUGGGGCAGACCUAGCUUGGAAACUUAUAUUACAUAAACUCUUCCUUCAUUUCUGUUUCUUGCCCUCCACCAGGACCAAGAUGGCUGGUGCAACAUGUCUGUCUUUGAUCUGCCUGAGGAGAGCCAGAGCCCAGAGCGGACCCAGUUCCGUCUGGAGGGCAGCGCCCUGCAGGAGCUGAGCAAGGGCAACCGGGGAGAGCUGAUCCCCAUCUCCCCUGGAGGAAUCACCCCACCCUUCAUACUGACCCGGCGCAGCCGCCGUCGCAUCGCUCUGUCCCCUGACUCCAACAACUCCAGGACCCCCAAGAGCACCCCGGUCAAGAUCCUGCCCUUCUCUCCCUCACAGGUAAUGGCUGGACCACCAUGAACUAACACACAGUGAGAUGACUCGUCAGUGCCUUUGCUUUGUACAGAAUGAUGUAUACAAAAAAUAUUAGGGGGUGGAUCUGUUUUAAUAUUGCAAAUAGAUUGUGGCUUCUAUCAAUGUAAUUGUCUACCUCAUUUCCAAUCCCCCAUAUAUUUUUGGAUAAAUAUAUACAGUACCAGUCAAAAGUUGAUACACCUACUCAUUCAAGGGUUUUUCUUUAUUUUUACUAUUUUCUACAUUGUAGAAUAAUAGUGAAGACAUCAUGUCGUAACCCAAAAAGUGUUAAACAAAUCAAAAUAUAUUUUAUAUUUGAGAUUCUUCAAAUAGCCACCCUUUGCUUUGAUGACAGCUUUGCACACUGUGCAUUCUCUCAACCAGCUUCAUGAGGUAGUCACCUAGAAUGCAUUUCAAUUAACAGGUGUGCCUUCUUAAAAGUUAAUUUCCUUCUUAAUGUGUUUGAGCCAAUCAGUUGUGUUGUGACAAGGUAGGGGGGUAUACAGAAGAUAGCCCUAUUUGGUAAAAUACCAAGUCCACAUUAUGGCAAGAACAGCUCAAAUAAGCAAAGAGAAACGACAGUCCAUCAUUACUUUAAUACAUGAAGGUCAGUCAAUACGGAACAUUUCAAGAACUUUGAAAGUUUCUUCAAGUGCAGUCGCAAAAACCAUCAAGCGCUAUGAUGAAACUGGCUCUCAUGAGGACCGCCACAGGAAAGGAAGACCCAGAGUUACCUCUGCUGCAGAGGAUAAGUUCAUUAGAGUUACCAGCCUCAGAAAUUGCAGCCCAAAUAAAUGCUUCACAGAGUUCAAGUAACACACACCUCAACAUCAACUGUUCAGAGGAUACGGUGAAUCAGGCCUUCAUGGUCAAAUUGCUGGAAAGAAACCACUACUAAAGGACACCAAUAAGAAGAAGAGACUUGCUUGGGCCAAGAAACACGAGCAAUGGACAUUAGACCGGUGGAAAUGUGUCCUUUGGUCUGGAGUCCAAAUUUGAGAUUUUGAGUGAGAGACAGAAUAACAACAACAAAAUCCAGAAAAAUGCAUGUCAAAAAUGUUAUAAAUUGAUUUGCAUUUUAAUGAGGGAAAUAAGUAUUUGACCCCCUCUCAAUCAGAAAGAUUUCUGGCUCCCAGGUGUCUUUUAUACAGGUAACGAGCUGAGAUUAGGAGCACACUCUUAAAGGGAGUGCUCCUAAUCUCAGUUUGUUACCUGUAUAAAAGACACCUGUCCACAGAAGCAAUCAAUCAAUCAGAUUCCAAACUCUCCACCAUGGCCAAGACCAAAGAGCUAUCCAAGGAUGUCAGGGACAAGAUUGUAGACCUACACAAGGCUGGAAUGGGCUACAAGACCAUCACCAAGCAGCUUGGUGAGAAGGUGACAACAGUUGGUGCGAUUAUUCGCAAAUGGAAGAAACACAAAAUAACUGUCAAUCUCCCUCGGCCUGGGGCUCCAUGCAAGAUCUCACCUCGUGGAGUUGCAAUGAUCAUGAGAACGGUGAGGAAUCAGCCCAGAACUACACGGGAGGAUCUUGUCAAUGAUCUCAAGGCAGCUGGGACCAUAGUCACCAAGAAAACAAUUGGUAACACACUACGCCGUGAAGGACUGAAAUCCUGCAGCGCCCGCAAGGUCCCCCUGCUCAAGAAAGCACAUAUACAGGGCCGUCUGAAGUUUGCCAAUGAACAUCUGAAUGAUUCAGAGGAGAACUGGGUGAAAGUGUUGUGGUCAGAUGAGACCAAAAUGGAGCUCUUUGGCAUCAACUCAACUCGCCGUGUUUGGAGGAGGAGGAAUGCUGCCUAUGACCCCAAGAACACCAUCCACACCGUCAAACAUGGAGGUGGAAACAUUAUGCUUUGGGGGUGUUUUUCUGCUAAGGGGACAGGACAACUUCACCGCAUCAAAGGGACAAUGGACGGGGCCAUGUACUGUCAAAUAUUGGGUGUGAACCUCCUUCCCUCAGCCAGGGCAUUGAAAAUGGGUUGUGGAUGGGUAUUCCAGCAUGACAAUGACCCAAAACACACGGCCAAGGCAACAAAGGAGUGGCUCAAGAAGAAGCACAUUAAGGUCCUGGAGUGGCCUAGCCAGUCUCCAGACCUUAAUCCCAUAGAAAUUCUGUGGAGGGAGCUGAAGGUUUGAGUUGCCAAACGUCAGCCUCGAAACCUUAAUGACUUGGAGAAGAUCUGCAAAGAGGAGUGGAACAAAAUCCCUCUGGAGAUGUGUACAAACCUGGUGGCCAACUACAAGAAACGUCUGAUCUCUGUGAUUGCCAACAAGGGUUUUGCCACCAAGUACUAAGUCAUGUUUUGCAGAGGGGUCAAAUACUUAUUUCCCUCAUUAAAAUGCAAAACAAAUUUAUAACCGUUUUGACAUGUGUUUUUCUGGAUUUUCUUGUUGUUAUUCUGUCUCUCACUGUUCAAAUAAACUUAUAGACUGAUCAUUUCUUUGUCAGUGGGAAAACGUACAAAAUCAGCAGGGGAUCAAAUACUUUUUUCCCUCACUGUAUAUUAUUAUUUCCUUUUAUUAUUUUCCCCUAACCCUACCACCCCUCUCCUAAUUGGAGUAAACUAAUGGACAGCAACACUUAGGCUUCUACUUCCAGUUUAUACAUACUAUGUACAUUUUACGGACACAGUAUAUAAUAAUAUAAUAUGCCAUUUAGCAGACGCUUUUAUCCAAAGCGACUUACAGUCAUGCGUGCAUACAUUUUUGUGUAUGGGUGGUCCCGGGGAUGGAACCCACUACCUUGGCGUUAAAAUCGCCGUGCUCUACCAGCUGAGCUACAGAGGACCACCAUAUAUGUUACAUUAGUUAUCUUUUUGUUUGGUUUUUAGUCCCAUUCUUCAGCUACCCACAACCCCUCCCAUCUAUCUCUGAAGACCAUCCAGUUUGGAUUUCCAUUUGCCAUAUAUUACAGAAUGAUGUUGCCAAAAACACAUUCUACCAAUUUGUUAUAUCCUUCACAUGAAAUACCAUAUUUGUAUUUAUAUGGGAUGAUUGCAAGUGGAUGUUAGGGGUCACAUUACUCUGAAUAUGUUUCCAGUUCCUCAACAUGUGGACCAAACAGGAUAACUUUGAACUGGAGAAUCCAUCCCUCACCUCCACCCCAGUCUGCAGUCAGAAGUCUGCGGGUACCACACCACUACACCGUGACAAGACUCCACUCACACAGAAGGAAAACUCUGUGUUUGCAUCCAAGCUUUACCCAAAUUCAGGGUAUGUAAUAAGUCAUUAUUGACAGACACAUUUCUUGUAUGUAAUAAGUGAUUAUUAGCAUGCAAUAUGAUGACUCUUGUGGCAAAAUAGAAUGAUAUUUAGUUUAUUUUCAUAAAGGUUCAUCACACCCAACCACAAGUCAAAUCUUUACACCAUCCCGCGUACUCCAACUCCAUUCAAAAAUGCCAUGGAGAGGUAUGGUCCUUUGCGACCUCUGGUGAGUCCCUCAUUCGCUACAAAUGUCAACGAAAGCAACUUAAUUGUCUGUGUGGAUAAUCUAUUCAAUAUCCCACUGAAAGCAUUUUCUUUCUUCAUGUCUAAGCCUCAGACUCCGAACGAGGAGGACUUGAAAGAAGUCCUCUUGAAAGAGACUGGGAUUGAGCUGAUAGUGACGGAUGAGAGUCCACUUGAGCAACGACGCAAGCAGGUGGUGAGUAUGACGAAAGAUGGCAGGAGGAAGUUUACAUCUAAGAAGAACCAUCAUUUACUUCAACCAAUGCUGCUUCUCAGUAUUAUGAAAUGGUCUGAAUAUGUGGUCCAUUCCUUUGGUCCCAGCAUCGACCUCCAAUGAAGAAAGUGCGUAAAUCUCUGGCCUUGGAUGUCAUGGACUGCAAAGAGACGGUCACUGCCAGGCAUCAGUCCUUUAAGUUUGAGCCCCAACCCUGUCCUAAGGUACAUUCAUUAGACAUGGAUGGAAUUCUGAUGUUAUUUUUGAUAGUGUUGUCAUUGAUUUGUAUUUUGUCUUGUCUUUGUUAUAGGCUGAGACGUCUCUCAACUCCUCGUCCUUUUGCAUGAAGAGGGAAUAUAAAGAGGAGAAUGUUCUGGAUCAGGGCUUCUGUUUAAGACCCGGUGAGAGUUGUGCAUAUUCCAACCCAGUGCCACCAACCCCAGUAAGUAUCCGUCUGUCUUGUAUCAUAUUUUAUAAUAUGUAUUUCCCUAAUUUGUCUAUUUGUAUCUGAAGUUAUUGAUAUGCGUUGUUGUGUCCUAAGAUGUCCCAGGCAUGGGAAGCAGUGGUAUGUGGACGGACUAAGGACCAACUUAUAAUGACAGAGAAAGCAAGAUAUUACCUCCGCUCACUAAAAUCCCACGCUCCCAACCAGGCCCUCAUCCUGUCCUGAGCCCUCCCUCACUACCAAGUUCUCACUAAUGCCGUGUUCACAUGCUAUCAGAGUUGGGGAAAUUC